AAGCCGACAGAGCAUGUGGGACCCGAUGGACGUUUUAAGGCGAGCAUCUGCGAUCAGCCAAACGGGUUCCUGCGCAAGCAACGCAACCUCUGUCUGCGAUAUAUCCAACUGAUGGAGAGUGUGGUGAGAGGCUACUUUAUGGGACUACGUGAGUGUGAGUACCAGUUCGCAGCACAUCGAUGGAACUGUCAAGGCUACAAUCUCACUAUUCGUGAGCCCACGCGACGAAAGUCGGCUAGCGUACUCCGACCGAAUCAGGUAGAACGAAAAGAGCCCAAACGACUGCGGACUUAUAUGGAUCGCCUACUCUCAAGCGUAUAUGAACUACAGUGUUUUAUGAGUCCAAGCCUCUCCUCCAGUCCCGAAACCGCGGUAGAUUUCGGAUAUAUGCGUUGCCUUUAA